GAUCAACUCUUCUGUUCUGUUCGCUGUCCAAUCAUUUUUUAUUCAAUGUUUCUCUCUCUUCAACUCUAGAGAGAGAAACCUCAAACUCCCCGUCCACAGUCUUGUCCACACUAGAUUCCUUGUUUUCCGGUGGGAAAACUCCGGCAAGGUUUCGCCGGAGAAAAGGUUGACCGGUCACCGGAAUCUUCGUUGACUUUGAUCGGAGUAGAUUAUGCAAAUGAGGACCCGAGAAACAACAGAGGCGAAUUCGAUAGGCGGUGAGAACGAGUGGGAGGUCCGGCCCGGAGGAAUGUUGGUCCAGAAACGAGACCCGGAUGGGGAAACGAAUCGGGUUCCUCCACCGACAAUUAGAGUUCGGGUCAAAUACGGGUCGGUUUAUCAUGAGAUCAAUAUUAAUUCUACAGCUACAUUUGGGGAGUUGAAGAAGAUGUUAACUGGGCCAACAGGAUUACACCAUGAAGAUCAAAAGCUGAUGUACAAAGACAAAGUGAGGGACUCAAAAUCAUAUCUUGAUGUGGUCGGUGUCAAGGAUCGAUCGAAAAUGGUGGUGGUCGAAGACCCGAUUAGCCAAGAGAAGCGAAUUCUGGAGAUGAGAAAGACCGCGAAAAUGGAGAAGGCUGCUAAAGCUAUCUCCGAUAUUAGCUUCGAGGUUGAUCGGCUCGCGGGUCAGGUGUCAGCUAUUGAAUCGGUUAUUUCUAAAGGAGGGAAAGUGGCGGAGAAGACCCUGUUGAACGUGAUCGAGUUGUUGAUGAAUCAACUACUCAAACUAGAUGGAAUUACAGUAGAUGGUGAUGUAAAAUUGCAGCGGAAAAUGCAGGUGAAAAGGGUUCAAGGGUAUGUUGAAACUUUGGAUGCCUUAAAGGUUAAGAACUCAACCUCUAGCAGCAAUGGCGGUAUGCCGCCUCAAUCGAGGCGGACUGUGGUGGCAGAUCGUCCCCAACAAGAAGCGGUGAGGGCAACGACAACGACAGAAUGGGAGAUUUUUGAUUCUUUGGCGGCGCCAACAUCAACGACAACGACAACAAAAACAACAAGCACCAGCAACACAGUGAAUCCCAUAUUCAAUUGGGAUUUGAUUUAAAACAAUUAGAAGAGAAAUUGUUACGUGUUUAAAUGCGAAAAAUGUGUGUAUUUUGGAUUUUUUUUUUCAGGUUGGUUUGGCUUUUAAUAUCCAUUUUUUUGUGAUAUGUAUGUAGAGUUCUUUGUUGCCAUUUGGGUAUGUUGAUGAUUAUAUGAUACGUGCAACAAAUAUGCACGUUGCAAAUGUUCA